AGAUCGAGGACAGAUCGCUGCAACGCUCGCACGGCUUCUGGCUUCUGUAAGAGUCACUUUCACAGUGGAUUUAUUCACAGCAUGUAUUCACCUCUUGGAUGAACUGAAGGUCGGAUCCAAAAAUGUGCACUGCGUGAAAACCAAAAGAAGUAACCAGGACAGUACUCUGGAUCGUGUGUUACACGCUGGAUCAGUUUACAUGCAGGUGACUCGUGGGGUUGGACAUGGGGGACCUGACGCGAGCAGACAUUUUCCUCCCUUUGCUCUGGAUCUGAACACUGUGGUCAUGAGCCUGAGAUGGACUUUGCGUCCUCUGCUGAUGAUGAUGACUAUGGUCCUGCUGGACUUAAAAAACGCAGGUGUUUGGAUGCUGCCAGCGCCCAGCAGAGUCUCCAUGGAGUCUGUAGACAUGAGACACAUCCUGAGGUGGCGUCCCCUGCAGGCUUCAUGCAACACUUCAGUCCUCUACUCUGUCCAGUUCCAGGGGGAGUUUGAACUGACGGUGCUGAACAGCAGCUGGGUGGAUGCUCCCGAGUGCCAGCAGAUUCACUACACUCGCUGCGACCUGACCUUUGACCUGGGCUCCGACUCGGACUACAACGUCCACGUCAGAGCGCAGUGCGGCUCGCAGCUCUCAGCCUGGACCGAACUGAACCCACCCUUCAAUCGCAGAGACACGGUCCUGGCCGUGCCGAAGAUGACGGUGUCGGCAGUGGGUGGAGCCCUCCAGGUGUCUUUUGACAGACUUCCUCGGACUGUCUCCGUCAGUGUGACGGUGUGGAAGAGAGGAGACGAGCUGCAGGCUGCUGUCUACAAACUGCAUGCUGAGCAGACAGUGCUGUAUGUCGCCGCCCUGCAGGAGGGAGCAGAGUACUGCGUCAGAGCUCAGACCGUCCUGGACACACAGCUACAGAGCAGCAGCACCGACGCCCACUGUGUGUCCAUCACAGGUCCGGUCGCUGCAUGGAAGAAGCCGACCACGGUGACGGUGACGGUCAUCAUCAUGGCGGGUGUCCUGUUCGCUGUGUUCUGGUCCAUCGUUCACUGUCACCCAGAUACCUGCCAAACAUAUUUCCAUAAAGAGCCACUGCCCCGCUCACUGCGACCUGACUGGGACAUUGAAAUCCAGAUGAGCCCUGAGCAGGCAGAGCUCUGUGAGCAGACUCCCAUGGUGCAAAGCAUCGAGUCUGAGCUGCAACAAUCAAAGACUGAGGCUGCAAUCACAUCACAGGAAGGUCAAAGCAGUGAACUCCCAUUCACUGUGGAUCUUGUGGAGUCUUACCACUCUCAACUACCUCAGGAGAUCCUGCUCGAACAUAAAUUCAACAUCCUGGAUUUGUAGGAAUCCCCCCCCCGUCCUGUCAGCCCCCCUCAGCCAAGCAGCUCAUGUCAGGGAUAAUCAUCCAGGAUCUGGGGAGGAACAUCUCUCUGAAGCAGAUGGUUCUAUAUUUUCCUUUACUGGGAAAUGUAUAUUGAUUUAUAUUGAGAC